GCAUUCAGUCGCAUUCGGGCUCCACUUUCCUCCAGCAGGGGGCGGAAAUAUACACAGCUGCUUAAAGUAAAUUGUGUCGUCACUUCCGGUGUAGCGGUUAGCUGAGUUAGCUUCUGGUGUGUGUCAGAGUUUUCAGGAGUUUUCUGGUUCUGUUCAGCAACAAUGUGUUCCGUUGAGCCUCUGAGAGAGUUUAUCAGAGAGAGACUAACUGCUGCUGCUGAAGAAAUCUUCACCCAGCUGGAAAAAACCAUCGUCCAGUACGAGGAGGAGAUCGACCGGCAGCGGAGACUGCUGGACCUCAGCUGGAGACCCCGAACCGAGCCGAACCCCGCAGAGCUCCAGCAUCAUUUCUUCAGCGAGGAGCUUCCCGCCGAUCAGGACAGCAGUUCCAGUCCGGACCGGGACGCACCAGAACCGGCGCCUGACGACGUCUGCUCCAGGCAGGACGGAGCGCUGGUGCUGAAGCAGGAGACCGAGGCCAUCAUGGUGACCGUGGACUACGAUGACGAACCUGAACCAAGCAGCUACCAGCUUCUCUACCAGAACCGCCCAGUGACCCAGAACCAGGAGGCACUGAAGCCAAAGAAAACCAGAACUCCCAGCGACCGACUGGACCUGCUGCCACAGAACGCAGAUGGAAAUCUGUAUCCCUGUCCCAUUUGUGGGAAAUGUUUUGCCAAGAACAGCUACUUGACCAAACACAAGAGGAUCCACACCAGCGAGAAACCGUUUGUCUGCGAUCAGUGCGGGAAGGCCUUCAGCAACACCAGCUACCUGGCCAAUCACAAGAAGACUCACAGUGGAAUGAAACCGUUCGCCUGUCUUAUCUGUGGGAAAGUUUUCACCCAGCAGAUCCAUGUCACCGACCACAUGAGGAUUCACACUGGAGAGAAGCCCUUCCCCUGUGCCACCUGUGGGAAACACUUCAGGCAGAAGAGCAGCUUGAACAAACACCUGAGAACUCAGCACCAGAAGCUGGAGGCAUGAUCGGGUUCUGAGCUGGUUCUGAGCUGCUGGCUGGUCCUGGAGGCAUCAGACUGAAGUGGAGCAUCAACCACUUUCCUGCUUUUAAACUCUACUUCCUGUUCUUCAGCAUCUCUGAGGAAACGUGUAUGUUCCUCCACCCUCCCAGCUGAGCAGAAGACCAGAAAAACCACUAAGAAAUCUAGAUGUUAAUCUCUGUGUAAAGUUGGAGAUUCUAACAUUUACUACAAAGACUGAGUUUUCAAAAUAAUAGUGGGAAUUCUGAGGGAAAAAAAGGGCGUUCUGGAAAAAAAUGUUGGAUUCUGACUUUUUUGAAAGAAGGAUGAAUUCUAAAAAAAAAAGGCAAAAAUGAAUUCUCAUUUUAAAAAGUGAAUAAAGCAGAAAUUUACCAAAAAG